GCGCAAUAGCCACCCCACCUGACGCUUUUAGGCCGACUCUAAUGGAAAUUCGAAAUUGUGUAUAAACAAGCACUUCCAUAAAACUUCUGCCCGUGGAAAUUUCUAUGAUGAUUAUCGAAGAAUAAGAUUCAUCAUGCUCCUAUUCACCCGCAAUGAUGAGUUGCACGAAGAGCUGAAAAAACGUGCAGCGCAAGUCCAAACCCGGUUCGAAGACAUGAAUUCUGUCCCGAACGUGAAGGGAAUAUUGAGACUACCGGGCCUUCCGGCAAUUGCACUUGAGCUCGUCAGGUUCCUCUACGAUAGAAAGCGAGAGCACAUUAACGACUGGGCAAAGGAGAGUGGAAUACGCAUUCAUGACAAAGCCAGGCUCGGUCCCCAAGUAGUUUGGCUCCACAAGGUUCCGGUUGGAGCUAACAGACUCUUGAUUUCGGUCGUUAUCCCAAAACCCAGUCAAGACAAGAAGACAGAAGCAGCAACCCAGCAGGCUGUCAUUCCUCAGCAAAACGAAUUGCGGUCCAAGGUCCGCGUUAAAAGGCCAAUUGCCGAGGGGCUUGGAGCUUGGUCUUUACUUGAUCUGGAGGUCGGCGACGUUAUCAUCCUGGAAGGAAACGAGGAACUUCUUAUUCAGAGCUCUAAGAACGACACCAUAGAGGCUCGGGGAAUAUGCUUGCUUUCGGCUCAACACGACACAUGUCUGGUAGAGAAAGGAAAAGGGGGCUGGGCGAUGCAGUGAUGAAGUGAGGAAGCCGCGAACACAAAGGGAUGUUGCUGGUCUAUUGGGGUUCAUUGAAUGGAGAGGCUCAUAAGGGUAGAUCCGACGGCUGGGUCUCGAGAAUUGCAUCCAUGUCCCACGACUGGAGAACAGCGUCCAUAUCAUGUCCGAGAAGAGUGUCUGGGUCCCUUGAGGUGUCAUUAUCGCCAAAUAAAUGCAGUGUCGAUGUCUGAUGAGGGAUUGCGGAGCUUGGCUGAGCGUUUUGGUCGCUGAGUGAGCCAAGACAGAGGAAUCCACGCACUUUGUCCCUCCUGCUACUGUCGGCGUC